AUAUUUCAGCUAUGCAGCAUGCUGUGAGUUCCUUCAGCAGAAUAAUUUACUUUCAAUAAUUCGAGCACAUGAAGCCCAGGAUGCAGGGUAUCGUAUGUACAGGAAGAGUCAAACAACAGGUUUUCCCUCUCUCAUUACCAUUUUCUCCGCACCCAAUUAUUUGGAUGUGUAUAAUAAUAAAGCUGCUGUCCUGAAGUAUGAAAAUAAUGUGAUGAAUAUAAGACAGUUUAACUGCUCUCCACAUCCAUAUUGGCUGCCAAACUUCAUGGACGUUUUUACAUGGUCUUUGCCUUUUGUGGGAGAAAAAGUUACUGAAAUGUUGGUGAAUGUGCUAAGUAUUUGUUCAGAUGACGAACUCAUGUCUGAAGGAGAUGACACAUUUGAAGGUGGUACGGCAGGUGCUAGAAAAGAAGUAAUCCGUAACAAGAUCAGAGCCAUAGGCAAAAUGGCUAGAGUGUUUUCUGUUCUUAGGGAGGAAAGUGAGAGUGUUCUUCAACUGAAAGGCCUGACUCCAACUGGAACUUUACCGCUAGGAGCACUUUCUGGUGGUCGAACCUCUUUGAAGAAUGAGCUGGCAGGAUUUUCUCCACAUCACAGAAUUACCAGCUUUGAAGAGGCUAAAGGCUUGGAUAAAAUAAAUGAGCGCAUGCCACCCCGCAAGGAUGCAGCCCUUCCAUCCUCACCAGUGGGUCAUGGAUCAUCAGAUGACUCUUCACAUUCUCAGCAUAAUGCAACAGGCCAUAGUUCCUGAAACACAUCACACAUCAAUUCCGAGCACACAGGAUUUCAGAGCUGGCCAGGUGCAGAUUCCCAGCCAUGUAACGUACACCAUCCCUUGCUGGCACUGAGUGCUAAAGUUUCUGCUAAUUUUUCCAGUUUCUUAUUGAUCUGCCUCAACCAGAGCUAAGCCACCUUCUCAAUCUAAACUGGCUAAGACAAUCACAGGAUUUUUAGUGAUUUGUGAAGAAAGAGUAAAAGCAGAAGGACACCUGGUGAGCACAAGAAAUUAAAAAACAUUCAUUUUCCUAGAAGGAGUGUAUAGCUAGCUGUCUUGGCUCUGGCAUUCGAUUCCUGGGCUGCCUGUCUCUAUUCAUUUCUCCUCUUAUAAAAAUGAAUGUUCUCAUUUUCCUAUGUCUUAGAUAAAUUCAGUCUUACUUAAAGAAGUUCCUGUUCAAAAAUGUGUAUUUCAGAAUUUUACUAAUACUGAAAAUGUUCACAAAAAUACAAGAUGUUAAACACUAUCUGCCAAUGAUGAUAAAAAGGGGGGGGGCAUUUGGGUAUGGGGAGGUUUUUAGUUUUAUUGGUUGAAAUAAAAAAAAAGCAUUACCAGCAAACUUAAUUCCAACCCAUAUUUGGAACAAAAGGUGUAUCUCUUAAUUCCCUUUUUCUUACAAAUGAUUCCUUGAGACAGGUAGCCCACAAUAUUCCUAAUACCAGGUACAGUUAAUCUCCAGAACUUCUCGGGUGCUUGGCUUAUAUCUUUGCAUUUGAAUUAAUGAUCUCUUAUAUAUUUCAGUGUAUUUGGCAGCUGAUACCAUCAAACCAAACAUUUGCACAGGAUAUGCCUGCAUGAGAUACAUAGCAUAUCGUUGCAGAGAGUGAACUGUGGUUUUCAUACAGUUUCUGAAAACAAUAUGCUCUCUUUUUUAAAAAAAUUCUUAUUAUAUCUUCAAUCACUUUUUUCUUGUGAAAAAAAUCAAUUUCAAUCAAGUUGAGCCAGCCAUCUGUUUUGCUCGUUCUUCUAGACUCUGAUGGUUGUCCACGGAGUCAAUAUAAGUGAAAAGCACUUUUUAAGUCCAUUUAAAAACUAUCUGGGCAUGUUUUGUUGAUAUUUUCAUGGAUUGUUAGCUCUGUUGUAUUAUAAAAUUAAAUAUUAUGAGCUCUGAUCUAAGGAUUCCCUUUUUUUUGAAGCUUUGAAAGUUUUUGAAUUUCAUCUUGUAUAACUAUUGUAUGUAUAGAAAUAAGGUCCAUCUCAAUUCAAUACUGGAUUCUUUCUGGGGCCAUAGGCCACUCCUUUGAAACUUUUUUUUUUUUUUUACAUUGUACAGAUACAUGGCAAGGGCCUUAAAUCUCAUUGGAAAUAUAUUAUUUGAUGUUUCUACCGAGUUGGAGGAACUAUCACAAUUUAAUAGGUUUGUUAAGUAUGUGAUGUUUUUGUCUGAUGACAAGAAUACCAUAACCACAAAAAGAAAAUGAAAUAAAAAAGGGUUGUCUUUUCUUUUUUAAAGAAGUCAAACCAGGAACCAGGCCUUAAAAAUUUUUCAUGUUUUCAAGAAAAACAAACCUGUUGUUAGUUCCAAAUAUGCCCUUUUGUUUUAGGAUUCUUACCUAGAUUUUCUACUGAUGUGGGAAGAUACAUUAUUCUAUAGAUGGAGAUGUUUUUCAGGAAAUUUAUUAGCAUUUCAUAUUCUUAGGUCAUUUUUUGCUCCACUGAAGAAAAUUCAAUUUUUGAAGGAAAUGUCUAGACUUGCAAUUGUUUUAUAGCACAUUGUUUAAUUUAUUUCACAUUUUAAAGAAAUAUUUCAGUCCUGAAGGCAUUUUAUAACUACUUAUCAUAUUACAAUAAUAAUAUUAGUAAUUCUAUACCUCAGCUGCUCUUUUCCACAUUAAAUCAAUAAUUUUAUGUGUAAACAAUUAGUUCAAACAUUAUUUUUAUUAAAAGUUGUUUAAAUAUAACCUGGACAUCAUGGUCCAACUAGUCAUCUUAGUUCUAUUGUUUGGGGAGAGGGGAUUUAUAGUUGAGGAAUGGCUUGCUCUAGAAAAGAUUGACUAGUCUGCCAAACUUGCUUCAAGCAAUGACUGUGUGUAUCCAUGUGUGUGUGAAUUUAUUUUUUUUUUGCAUUCUUUAAAAUGAAAUUGUGCCAUUUCCUCCAUGUGUUUACCAUUUUUUGAAUUGUAGUUUAAUCUGUAUAUUACUAAAAUAUAUACGUUUUCAUACUUCUUUCUAUAUUGUUCUUAUAUUAUUUUAUUUGCUAUUCUUUGUCCUUUGUUUCAGUUGUCGAGAAUAGAUAAUUUUUCUUUAGGUUUUUUCCUCCUUUUUAUUGCAUCUGAAUACACAUUAUUAAGCAGGAUAAUAUUUUAAAACUUUUUUUUAUCUUUUUCCAAAAUUUAUCAUUGCAUUAUGGUCUUUGUGGAAAUUUUCACCUCCAUGUCAGUUUCUUUUUUCUCUCUCUGUCUUGGUGUGCAUUAUUUCUAAUAUUGAAAUCACAAACAUCCAAGUAGCGGCUUCUCUGAGAUAGUCUGUCACUCAAAUACAUUGGUUUAUAAUUUUAAGGAAAUAUCUUAUAUUACAUAUUGAAUUAUACAGUUUUGUAUAUAAUUCUCAUAACCUAGUAAGUUUUGUUAAGUAGACACAGAAGAUUUUAUAUAAAAUAAAAACUGGUAACAGCCUUAUACUGUGGAAACGUUCUCAAGUUACAAGUUCAUGGAUUGAUUGUGUUAGUAUGUCUGUGAGUACUUAAAUAAUUUCAACAUUUUUUCUCUUUAAAGAAUUUUAAGCCAAUAACAUUUCAGAUCUGUUUCCUGUCUGUUGAGCACUUGUUGUAAAUGAUACCAGACUGUAAUGUUGUAAAGAUUUUUGUGUUCAAUAAACUUAAAGGCAAAAAGGA